AUAAUCUUAUUCUGUCCACUCAUUAAGCUGCUUUUUUCUUUACGUACGGUUGAUGUUUUCUUUGAAUCUCAAUCUUUAUCUGUCUCCACUUUGUCUUUGUUCAUUGGAUGGAAGUAAUUUGCUGCUGAAGGCGCAUUGAUUUGACUAGAAUGACCCAGUGAAAGAAUACUCCAUCUUAAAUAUGAUGUUGGCAUAUGUAGUUAAGGCGCAGCUGGUAGAUGUUGGCUAUCAUUAGGAUUCCUGGUAAAUUUUAGCACUCUCUGGAGAGAAUUCUCAGUUCUCCUCAAAGUCAAAUAAAUUCUUGAUUUUCAGAGCACGGAAUUGCAACAAAAUUGGGUAAAAGUGUGUGCUGCCAAAGUGCCCGUUUUAUUUAAGGGUAGGCAUGCCUGCCCGCGCAUUUGAUUCAGACCUCAAACUAGAAGAAUCAGAGGGUCAGCUCGGCUGCAAAUCCAAACAACGCUCCCGGCAAUCGCAUUAAAACAUGGUCACAAAGGCAUUAUCCUGUCCAUGGAAGUUGAAGUGCCUUGAUUGGACUUCCAUCAUCUCAUCUAUGACCACAAAUCCUUGAUAAGUUACAGCCCCACCCGCACACGCCCAUAAGGCCACAACAAUUAAAUAAAUAAAUAAAUGCAGAACCACCCCCCUCCCCCCCCCCUCCUCUCCCUCUCUUUUUUUUUAAGUAUAGUUUUUGUUUUGUACACAAAGCUAGUAUUGAUCCAUAUGGUAGAGAAACUCAUCUCUUGGGCAUGGAUAUAUUUCUAUAUAAUAGAUUCUCAAACCUGUUUUCCUCCUUGUGGGAACCACAACUACAGCCUUUUUUCAAUAUAUAUGGGGAUUUUUCCUUUCCAGCAUUUCAUCAAUCUUCCUACUUUCCCCUGCCUUUUUUUCUACAGUGACAGAUAUGAAAGGUUCAUCUUUUUUCCCAAUAGUAGCUCUGCUCAUCCUCCUUCAAUUGGCGGCUUACAAGAACUCCUGCUUAGCUACUAGACCAAUCCCAGAGAAAGGGGACACCGGCUACAUCAAAACUUCAUGCAAUUUCACAUUAUAUCCUCAACUGUGCUACAGCUCCCUUUCCAAGUACGCAAGUGAAAUCCAAACCAGUCCCAAACGAUUGGCCUGCACUGCCCUCUCCGUGACUCUCGAAGAUGCGAAAUCAGCAUCAACAACGUUAAAAGAGCUGUCGAAAAGCCAAGGCUUGAGGUCUAAAGAGGCUGCAGCCUUGAAGGACUGUGUUGAGCUGAUGAGUGAAUCGGUGGACGAGCUGCAGGAGUCUUUAGAGGAGAUGGGUCACAUUAAAGCCCCCGAUUUUGAACUAAAAAUGAACAAUAUUCUAACGUGGGUGAGUGCAGCAUUGACCGAUGACGAUACUUGCAUGGACGGGUUUGCUGGAAACGCCGCCAAUGGGAAUGUCAAGACUACCGUCCGCAAGCAAGUGGGGAAAGUUGCUCAUAUGACGAGCAUUGCCUUGGCCCUAAUCAACAAGUAUGCCUCCGCACAUAUCACAGCGUAUUAAAUCUUCAGUUAAUCUCCCUAGCUUGAUAAAUAAGGCGAUGCUGGAGAAGGGAAUAGGGAACUGGGAAUUUGGCAACUAGCUAGCUACCAGUUGGGACUCCAACCUGUGCAAAAAAUUACUAGCUCAUGGCUUCAAUUAUUUUUCGUUUCCGUAACAAUUGUAUAUGUUGAUUGUGUCAACUUGUGCUGUAAUAAUAUUUUUCUUUUGGGAUUGCAA